AUGACACCUCCUAUAACGAGUGACUCCAACGGCACGCAUUUCACGCAGCCGCCUGAAUGCUACAACUCGCGCGACGCGGUCUCUGUCAUUCCCUCCAAUGUCGAAUAUUAUAAUCAAGUCCCGCUAUACCAGACGAAAGACCACCACAGAGACAUGAAGGCUGUUCUGCAGUCUUGUUGUAUGAAUGGGGUGUGGAUUACUGAGGAUCCGGAUCCUUGUACGGCAAUCUGUGAUUCGAGGACGUCGGCUGAGGCGAAGAAAGUGAUGUACUGCUUGAAUGCUCAACAGGUUGUACAUGGAACCAAAACGGAGAAGAUUUCGGGAGCUGUCAGGCGUCCAGCGGUGGGCUGGGUGUCUUGGAUGGUUGGGGGAAUGCUUCUGUCAGGGAUGUUAAUUUGA